UUGGUUCCCUACCGUAAAUCACGAGGAGUAUUUUGUUGGUAACCUAAGCGUCGGACGAGCACCUUCAACAACCCUCAAUCUCAGUUUUGGCCUGCUCGAAGGACCAUCACCCUCCGGCAGACGAACGACUCAGGGACAAGUGAGCAAGAUGCCCAACAUCAAGAUCUUCAGCGGCUCGUCGCACCCUGAGCUGGCGCAGGCCAUCGUCGACCGGCUCGGCAUGAAUCUCGGCAAAGUGGUUACAAAAAAGUUCAGCAACCUGGAAUCGUGCGUCGAGAUCGGGGAAUCGGUCCGCGGCGAGGACGUGUACAUCAUCCAGAGCGGCUGCGGGGAGGUCAACGACAACCUGAUGGAGCUGCUCAUCAUGAUUAACGCGUGCAAAAUCGCGUCUGCCUCCAGGGUGACCGCAGUCAUCCCCUGCUUUCCGUACGCCAGACAGGAUAAAAAGAUGAUCCCUUCGUUACAGGACAAGAGCCGGGCGCCGAUCUCGGCCAAGCUGAUCGCCAACAUGCUGAGCGUGUCCGGGGCCGACCACAUCAUCACGAUGGACCUGCACGCCAGCCAGAUCCAAGGCUUCUUCGACAUCCCGGUGGACAAUUUGUUCGCCGAGCCGGCCGAGGUCAAGUGGAUCAAGGAGAACAUCCCCGAGUGGCGCAACUCGAUCAUCGUGUCUCCGGACGCGGGCGGCGCCAAACGCGUCACCGCCAUCGCCGACCGGCUCAACGUCGAGUUCGCUCUCAUCCACAAGGAGCGCAAGAAGGCCAACGAGGUCGCCUCCAUGGUGCUGGUCGGCGACGUGCGCGACAAGAUCGCCAUCUUGGUCGACGACAUGGCCGACACGUGCGGCACCAUCGUCCUCGCCGCCGAGAAGCUGAUGGACGCCGGCGCACUCAAGGUCUUCGCCAUCCUCACGCACGGCAUCUUCUCCGGCCCGGCCAUCUCGCGCAUCGAGGCUGCCUGCUUCGAUGCUGUCGCCGUCACUAAUACCAUUCCUCAGGAGAAGCACAUGAAGGAGAGCAGUAAGAUCCAAGUGAUCGACGUCUCCAUGAUGUUCGCCGAGGCGGUCCGUCGUACUCACAAUGGGGAAUCCGUCUCGUAUCUCUUCUCGAACGUGCCAUACUAAUAAAAACGAACUGAAAAAGCAGCUAGUACUCGCGCUGCGUGUAUUUCCAUUAAAUUACGACUGCCAGAAACGACAGACGAGUGGGUGGUGGCAUCAAAUGUCGCUGGGAGAUCUGCAGUCGUUUCAAAUCAAAAAAGAGAAAAUUAAUGUUAAACUCACAUAUUAUUAUAUUUAAAGAAAAAGAAAACUACUCGUUUAGUUUGUAAUGGAUUACUUUUAAAUUUUUGUAUUUUAAGUUGCAAGGACUUAAUAUUAAACCACUGUUGCCGGUGCUCAAUUAGAAAAUAUACUAGACUCCUUUCCAUUUUAAUAAUUUGUUCCUUUUACAUGAAUUCUGAAUCGAAAUUUUAACAAGAAUGUUCUGCUUGGCCGUAAAUUUUGAACUUUGUACAAGGGCAAUAAAUUUAAUUGGUCAGGCGCCUGUAUAAUUACCUAAA